AGCAAGGUUUCCUCUACGUCACUUCCUCUUUGUCGUCCUUCGAGGUUGCGGCGUCCUCGCUGUUCGGGGUAAACACAUGGCUAAAAUGAGCAAAGAGACCAAGCAGCGGCUACAGCAGCUGUUCCAGUGCGGCCAGUUUGUCGUUCGAUGGGGUUUUAUCCCCACCGUGUUGUACCUCGGUUUUAAACGAGGAGCUGAUCCACGAAUGCCUGAACCCACAGUUUUGAGUUUGCUGUGGGGUUGAGGAGCAUCUCUACUCACCCAGUCUCCUCUCCACUUCAUGACCAUGUGACCUACCUGUUGUUUGAUAUCCAAGAUGGACAUUAUUGUUCGCUCUCUUCUCCAUAGACUGUACUGUCCAAAUGUCUGAGAAAUGAAUUAAAGUUUUCUGUAGCCAUACUGAGCAUGGCUCUUACAUAUAUAGUAAAUGUUGGAGCAUGUCAGCUACAACUAUGGAAGAUAUUUGGCUGGACAAGCUGGAAACAAGACUGUGUGUCCCUGGAAAUAUGUUGCGCUGACUGGACUAGAUUACCUUUUUCGAAUGUGUGACAGUGAGCUUUGGAUACACAUCUGUUUCACAUGCUCCCACUUUUUAUUUGCCAUUUAAAACUUCUGAAAAUAAAUCAAAGAAAUGCAGAAUAGUUCAUUUUUUUUGUCUGCAUGCAUACAGAUUAUUCCUUUGUCACUAAGUUCAUGUAUGCUUG